UAUCUACAUCAUGAGUCUGGUUCUGGAGUGGAUAAAGAACAACGGAGGUGUAGACGCCAUGGAAACGCUCAACAAGAAGAAGUCCAGUAUGAUCUAUGAUAUCAUCAACUCCUCCAACCACUUCUACACGUGUCCGGUGGACGUGGCGUGUCGUAGUCGUAUGAACGUUCCGUUCCGCGUGGGGAAGAAACAGGGUGACGAAACUCUGGAGAAGGACUUCCUGGAUGGAGCCUCCAAACUGGGGAUGAUCUCACUGAAGGGGCACAGAAGAACGUGGGCUGCGCUGGUGUUGCUGUGGUGA